UGGGAGGGUAGACAGCAGCAGCAGCAGCAGCAGCAGCCUCGCAGCUAAAACCAACGUGACAAGUCGGAGUCUUAAUAACACCACCCGAACCGAGAGCAGCAGUUACACCGCAACCUCAAUGUCGUCCGGACCCACGAAUAAACCGCAUACGGAGACGACGAGCUGCCAUUUUCCGACUGCUGAAUCAGGAUAACGAUUUAAUUCCCGAUCGAGACUUUCGUGCCAACCUGGUCGCCAGCCGCAGUGGAUAUUGUUGCAUUGUUCACGUGAAAUUAAGAAAAUCGGUGAUUUGCUGCGGAUCAGUCGACCGGAACCGCACUUUGUCAGUAUGUUUCAUCACGGGAAACGUCGUUACGCCGGAUACCGAUUUCGUUAGGAUCGUUGCAUCGCGUUGGAUUCGUGUUGAACUUGGCCUGUAUUGCAAAAAAGCGUAGUUCUGCUACAUCUAUGGGAUUGAUAUUGUUGGACGAUUCGGUUUGAUAGUUUUCUAUGCUAUUUGGAUAUUAAAUUAUUUGCUCGGCCAACGCAAACAUCCACAGCUGUCGCUUUGUCUACACCAGAAGAAAGUGGGAUGGAUAUCACGAUACGAAAGUAAAUCUGGACCUGGGUUUGGGUUUCGCAGCCAGGUUUCCUGCACUCUGUGGCGGUCUUAACAAUCUACAGGCUCCUGCCCUUCUCCCUCUUUUAGUCCCUUAUGCCCAAUGACGGCUGUCCCAGGGUCACUGCAGGAUGGAUGAACUGGAUUUGACAGUUUUUGUCUGUCACCAUCAGUGCUUGCGUCUCUGUGACUGUGUCUUGUUCUUUAAAAGAACACCUCCUCUCUUGGGCCUUUGCCCCAUACACUGUAUGAGUAACUGUUAAUAAGGAAUACCCCACGGAGGUGAUUGUCCAACUCUGUGAGCUUUUAUUUUUUCAUAGCCGUUUUGUGCCACACAUUUUGUUUGGAACAGGAAAUUUCCUCAAAAAGUUUACAUUUGCGUUUUCGUUAUAAUUUAUUUAUACUAUUUUUGUUUUUGUUUGUGGAGAGAUGUCGUCAGAAAAUCCCGAUAAGGUGGGGACCUUCUUGGCCCCUCCACCACCAAAGAAUGUGAACGGCUCCGGUUCGGACACGCUUGUGAGUGAGAAGCUAGACACGGUGGUCCGAAAGCGGCGCCACACAAUGGAUAAAGACCUGAAGACGGCCGAGCACAGGUUUUUUAGGCGCAGCGUCAUCUGUGACUCCAAUGCCACGGCCCUCGACCUUCCAAGCAAGGCCUGCAUCCUUACCUCUCCUCCGGACUGCGAACAAUUUGUUGUGCCUGCCGGACUGUGUUCGACCCCUGACAAACCCAUUGAUGCCCGGGCGGGUGUUUCAGGGGUUGUGGAGGAAGAGCGUGCGGAGGAUAUGGGUAGUGGAGGAAGAGGCGCUGGGGCUGGUGGGAUAGUGGAGUUACAGAGCAUAUCUGUGCAGGAUGAGGGUGCGAGGCAGAGUGAGGUUAUUGGGGCAAGGGAGACCGUGGUCUGCUGUGUGGGUGAGCAGGAACGGGAAACCAGCGAAGCAGACAAACGUGAGGAAGAGGAGAAAGGGGUGGCGAAGGCCCGUGCUGAGGCUGAGCAGAGGGAGGCCGAGAAGAAGGUCCAGGAGGACAAUGAGGAAGUGGAGACGAAAGCUGUAGGCACCUCGCCAGAUGGCCGUUUUCUGAAAUUCGAUAUAGAGAUUGGACGUGGGUCCUUCAAAACAGUCUACAAGGGUUUGGAUACUGAAACAACGGUGGAAGUAGCAUGGUGUGAACUUCAGGAUCGUAAACUGUCAAAAUCAGAGAGACAGAGGUUUAAAGAAGAGGCUGGCAUGUUGAAAGGGCUGCAGCACCCCAACAUCGUGCGUUUCUACGAUUCGUGGGAGUCACCCUGCAAAGGUCGCAAAUGCAUCGUGCUGGUGACAGAGCUCAUGACAUCAGGCACCCUCAAAACGUAUCUCAAGCGCUUCAAGGUGAUGAAGAUAAAAGUAUUGCGGAGCUGGUGCAGACAAAUCCUGAAGGGCCUUCACUUCUUGCACACCAGAGCCCCUCCCAUCAUCCACCGGGACCUAAAGUGUGACAACAUCUUCAUCACCGGCCCCACUGGCUCUGUUAAGAUUGGUGAUCUGGGCUUGGCCACCCUCAAGCGCUCUUCAUUCGCCAAAAGCGUCAUAGGUACCCCUGAAUUCAUGGCGCCUGAGAUGUACGAGGAAAAGUACGACGAAUCGGUGGAUGUGUACGCCUUCGGGAUGUGCAUGUUGGAGAUGGCGACCUCUGAGUACCCUUACUCCGAGUGUCAGAACCCUGCUCAAAUUUAUCGCCGGGUCACUAGCGGAGUUAAACCUGGCAGCUUUGACAAGGUUGCCAUUCCAGAGGUUAAAGAGAUCAUCGAGGGAUGUAUUCGGCAAAACAAAGAUGAAAGAUAUGCCAUCAAAGAUCUUUUGAACCAUGCCUUCUUCCAGGAGGAGACCGGAGUACGCGUGGAGCUGGCUGAAGAGGACGACGGGGAGGUGAUCGCCAUAAAGCUCUGGCUGCGCAUUGAAGACGUCAAGAAAUUAAAAGGCAAAUACAAAGAAAACGAAGCCAUUGAGUUCUCAUUCGACCUUAGCAGGGAUGUCCCAGAAGAUGUGGCUCAGGAAAUGGUCGAGUCGGGCUAUGUGUGCGAUGGCGACCACAAAACCAUGGCCAAAGCAAUCAGAGAUCGCGUGUCACUGAUCAACCGCAAGAGGGAGCAACGUAAGCAGGUGAGAGCCCAGCAGGAGAAACUUAAAAAGGAGGAAGAGCAGAAGCAGCUAUCCAGCGAAUCGUUGAAGAACACGUCCAGUUCGAGUCAAUGCGGAUCCCAGCCUCCCACUCCGGGUCUAGUUCAGCCUGAUUGCGAGGAAACAGAGACAGAACAGCAGCUUCAGUACGCACAAAGUGGAAUGACUUCUGCUGAUGUCACACUUGACAGUGGUCAGGGUUCUUCUGUGUUCUCAGAAGCUUACCUUAGCCAGGUCAGCAUGUCGUAUGGUUCUCCGGCAACGUCACAACAACAGCAGGUGCCCGGACAGGGCGCCUAUGCCCCCGCCUCUCAGACUUCCCAGCAGCAGGCCUCGUACUCCCAGCAGCCCAUGCCACGUCGUCGUAGCAUGUCUGUUUGCGUGCCCUGCUUUUCUACCACCCCUCCUCUGUUGUGCCCUCCCAAGCCACCUUCCACCCCUCCUCCAGUUGCAUCAGCCCCACUCUCACCCAGGCUGGGGAGGCCAGAUGGGGAGACGUUUGCGGGCAGACUGUCCAAAGCACUGGAGUGCGUCCUGCCCCUUCACUCUGCCCCACCCCGGCGCCGGGCCAGUCUCCCAGCAAUCUUUGCCAGUCCUCCGCAGUCAGUGAGUCAGCAGUAUGGUGGAGGAGGCUCAGGUCUGGUUGAGCCCCCGCACUUUUUCCCCACCAUUUCGGAGCGGCCCGUGUCUUUCUCACCCCCGCCAUCUUGCCCACCUAAAGGUUUCAACGUACAGCGGCGCAAGAGCACCUCGAUACUGGAGGCCCACACGCGUCACUUCCAGCCCGCUUACCACCGCAGCUUUGGCAGCAGCUUGCACCCGUUUUCCGGCAUGGAGGCCAUGGGUGCCCCUGUUGAACCUUCCCUGUACAUGAUGCAAGGGAUAGCAGCUCAAAGACUGGCCGAGCCAAUGCACCUGCAACCCCCUACCGAACAUCUGUAUGGAUACAAGGAUGUUAGAGCAGAGCAAGAGGAAGUCGUCCGUAGGUUGAGUCUCAACCAGGCUGCAUUAAUGGACCACCUUGAAGCCAUGGCCUACGGAGGCUACUCUAUGGCGGCUCAUCCAUUAAGCCACAUAACUUACCAUCAGCAGAUGCAGGCUGCUGCCAACUUGGCCUACGAGGCUCCGUCGCAGCCUGGUACAGCUUACCUACACCCUCACGUUCAAAGCCACAUGCGCUUGACCCACAGUCCCAUUCCACAACUGCCUCCUAUGAGUGUGUCUAGCUCUGCCUCAGUGGGACAGCCAGCUGUAGCCGUUGAUCCAGGCUAUCAGCCACAUUCAUUUCCUCAUUCAGCUCCACCCGUGUUAGCCCAUACUGCUGAACCCAGCAGUGCCUUUGAAUUCCACAUGCACAACCUCCAGGCGGACCCAGCCGCCCUGGCGUCCAGACUCUACCGAGCCCGCCGCGGCUCCAUGGACCUGAACCUGGAGGAAGCAGCCAGCAACCCUGCCAUGUGUGGUCGGUUGCAGCCUGUUACUGAAGAACUAUACAACUACAUGAGCCCAGAGCUACCUCUUCCUCCAGGUAGCCUGCUUCUGCACGGGCCUAAAGAUCACAGCCCCGAACCUUCAAGUGACUCCAUGACCUCCUCUGAUGCUGGGGAGUUCUACUCGCCUCCCCCACAUCUAUUGUUCCAACCUACAGACCCUUCUGCUGCUCAAUCCAUCCCAAAGACUUCGUACUACAAAGCAGAAGGAGGGAGUAACGUCAGCGAAGGACACCCACCCAGUCAGCCAACAUUUCUAUUCGUUCCACCCUCUGAAUCGUCCGGUGUCCCAUCGUCACACAUCAGUGCUCUGCACAGUACCUGGGCCCGGCAAACUACCCUUCAACCGGACCUCGCAUACCACGACCCUGCCCAGUCCCAUCAGGGUUCUACCUUGCAGGUCCCCAUUUCUCAGUCCACAAGUGGCGUCUCUUUAGUUUCCAGCAGUACCCCAUCCACCACCCCUGCUCCUCAACAGUAUGGAGGUUACUACGUCCAAGCGCUCCCUCCGCAGCCUCCUGUACUGCAGCAAGUCUCUUUAGGACCAGCUUCCCAACCUGGUGUCUCUGUACCCCAACAGCAACCUCCCCAACAGCCUCCUAGCACUGCAGUUCAGACACAGGUCCAGCCCGGUCCUGCACCCACACAGCUUUGCAUAACGGCUCCUGGCGUGCCACCCACGACAGUGCCCUCAUUGCUGCUUCCGGUAACGGUGGCUCAGCGGUCCCUGCCGCAACAGAUGACGUGCCCGAAGGCCGUAUCCGCGUCAAACACGUCCUCAGCAGCGCAGCUACCUGCCAUGCCACUUAAGCCCCCACCUAUAGUGCCAACCAUCAUUGUGGCCACAGUCCCCACCCCUGCCGAACAUCCUUGUUUUCCAGCAGACACCCUCAUCCAGACUCCUCACAGCACCUCUCAGACUUUGACAACAGAUCUGUUACAACUUCAGACUCCUGCAGGGGAGAGUCACUCUGAUGUUGCAUCCGGGCUCAGUGAUGGUAAUGAGGGCGUAACUGGCGGCAGGCACGAUGGCCGAUCUGUCAAACGGCACCAGCGCAGAUCAGUACGCAGCCGUUCACGUCAUGAUAAGACCUCCAAAGCCAAGCUCAACGUUCUUAAUAUCUCUAGUAUGGGCGAUAGAGUUGCAGAGUGUCAGCUGGAAACGCACAACAGAAAAAUGGUGACGUUUAAGUUUGAUCUGGAUGGAGAUAAUCCAGAGGAAAUUGCACAGAUAAUGGUUGAGAGUGAAUUUAUUCUAGAGAGUGAGCGCGAGUACUUCAUCGAGCAGAUCCGGGAGGUCAUCGAAACAGCAGAUGAGAAGGGUGUAGAGCGAGAACGCAGCCAGAUAGUCAAUGAGCAACAUAUGCCCACCACAUCUGCACCUCUUGAACAAGGUCUGGCACCUUGUUCAGCUACCCAGGUGGUUCAUUCAGCAGGCCGCAGGUUUAUUGUAAGUCCAGUGCCCGAGUCCAGGCUGAAGGACCAGUUCUUCAGCUCUCCCCAACCUGACUCUUCAUCGUCUACUUUAGUGCCUCAACUUGGGCUUUCCAUGUCUGCGUCUGCAGUCAGUCUGCAGCAGGCAUUUUCUGAGAUGCGUCAAGGCCAGUUUGACCCUGGUCCCAGUACUGCCCCACCUAUACUCAACCUCUCAAUGCCCCCUCUAGUUCCUGCUGUAACACCCUUGCCCUCUAGUGCCGCCCCUGUGAUCUCUACCCCGCUAGCACCAGUAUCUUCAGAGGUAACAUCUCUACCUUCGGUGUCAGCAAACCCUCCCGGGUCAUCGUCACCACCUCCUACCCUUCCGCAGAUGCCUACCUCUGCUGUGACCUCCCCACCUCCUGUGUCUCAACUCUCUCUGCCUCCAAAGCAGCCAUCCAUACCUACCGUCAUCAGUGUUAUUACUUCCCCCUCUUCUUUGCCCAUGCCAGCUGUAUCCAGCACCAUGCCUGUCUCUGUUCCAUUCUCCCAGACAUCACCAGCCACCAUGGUCACCCCGGUCCCUCAUCCAGUGGCUCCUAUGAAUGUCGUUUGCUCUGUUUCUGGUGGCAGUGCCGAACAACCCUUCACCCCCUCCACCACAGCACAACUCACCCCAACUGUAGUCCCUACAACGGCCAUUCAGACACCCCAGCUCACACCUUCCACCAUCCCGGCCACGGUUAUACCCUCCGCAGCCAACCUGCCGCAAGUGCCCACUCUCCAACCCGUCACUACCAACAUACCGGUCGUUCAGCCCACACCGGUUCACAGCCAACCUCAAACCUCCACCGUGCCCAACCAGAGCCAUAUCCAUUGUGUGGAUUGCGACAGCGACCCACAAGGAAAGGGUGUUGAUGACAUCCAAGCUCUGGAUAAGAAACUGCGCUCUCUCUUUAUGGACCUGGGGUCUGGUCCGCCCUCCUCCCAGUCCGAUACCACUUCUGAUCCCCUGGCUACCCCAACCGUCCCUGGCACCUCCUCUCCAACUGCAUGUGCCACCCCUAGUGGUACCCCCCUUCCUCCUUCUAGUUUACCCCUGAACACUUCCGGCCAGCCUGCAGGCUCCCCGAUGACUGCUGUGGGUAACGGCUCCACCCCUGUUACCUACAGUCAGUCAACUCCAUCCAAACCUCCGUUAUCAAGGUUACCGGUGUUGCCUGUCGGCCCAGAUCAGGCUGGCACACCGCCGUCAGAGCACCUACCACCGUUCCCAGGACCUUGUUUAAUUCAGUCUCAACAACCCUUGGAGGAUCUGGAUGCCCAGCUGAGACGGGCUCUGAGUCCAGAGACCGUCCCCAUCAGCAGUGUCACGCCCCAGAGCUCUGUCACCGGGAUGCCUCCUGGAGGACAGCCAGUUCCGUUUUCUUUGGAUGGAGAGCAAGCAGCUGUGCCUACAGUUGAGGGCUACAAACUAGGCCGAUUCCAGGUGUCAGUAGCUCCUGCUGAGAGUGCCCCACAGGUUCCCACCAGCUCUCAUGAUUCAUCCACCACAUCAUCUUCCACCUCCUCUUCAUCAUCAUCCUCCACCCUCUCUAGCCCCGAGCACACACUUCACAGAACCUCCUCUCCCAUCAAAAACACCACGGAAGACCGGGUCGACAGCAUCCCCAACCAAAGCCCCAUCUCACCCCAGUCCACCACCAUUGGUCGUUUCCAGGUCACAACCAAGACGGACACCAAAGUGGGUCGUUUCUCUGUGAGCAGAUCCCAGGAAGAGACUCCUGCUGUUAGUCUGCAGCCUCCAGGACCUCAAGGCCUUUCAACCAUAGGGAACGGUCCUGCCCAGAGUACCGGCACCCUCAACAACUCCGUAAGCUCGUACCUGAGUAGCGACAAUGACUCAGAGUUUGAAGAUGAGGACUUUAAGAGAGAAGUCAACAGACUGAGGGAAAAGCACAUGAUGGAGAGCCAGGCCCUGUACAUCCGUCAGAAGGCAGAGAUCGAUGCCCUUUUUGCACGUCUGGGCAAAGCUCCGCCUGGAAUGAUCAACCCACCUGUAGUUAAUCCCGCUGGCCGCAGACGACGACCGACAAAGAGCAAAAGCAGCAAAUCCAGCCGUGGCAGCUCACAGAGCAGCAAAAGUCCUAUACAGCCAGCAGCCAGCACUUUAUCAGCACAGAGUGCUCCCUCUGUGUACCCACCCCAGCAGACAUUUCUGGCCCCUGGGGGGCUGAUGGAUGGGGGCAGCAGCCCUCUACUCCAAUCUUAUAAACCUUCCCCCUCUAAUGACAACCUGUGUUCUGCUUACACCAGCGAUGCCACGCUGGUCACCUCGCAAGGCUGUAUAAAGUUUAGCUGUGGGUCGGAGAGAGUGACCUUCAAACCAGGUGGCAGGAGGACGCGUUUUCUGAGUACGCCCUGCUUGGCUCUUUGGAAGAUGGUGAAAAAAGUCUGCCCCUGCAACCAGCUCUGUAGGACGAGCAGCACCAAUACAGUGGCGGGAACUGGUCUGAAUCAAAACCAGCCACCCAUCUCUCAGUCCCAGAGCUGCAAGGGGAUGUUCACAGACGAAUUGCACAAGCUGGUGGACAACUGGGCCAAGGAUGCUAUGAGCCUGUCCCAGGGCAAGAAAGGCUCCAAACACCAACAACAACAACAACAACAGGUGGUUCAUCAAGCCCACAGUUACGAUAUGGUCCCUCAUGGCAACAUGGGCCGUAAAUACUCCGCUCCAGGCCAGCUGUGCCCAAGCAUCGCUUCGACUCUGAGCGGCCAACCGCCUAUACCUAACACUCCUGCUACCUCUAUGGGGACCCGGAAGGGUUCCUUGUGCCCCACGCCGCAGUACGGCUAUCCAUCCGCACCUUACAGCGCCCAAUGGGCAAGCUCUGCCGCACACACCCAGGGCGGCCUGCUGGCCUCCUCGCAAACCCUGGGCCAGUUUUCACAGGUGCCCGCCCCAAUACAGACCUUCCACCUUAGCACUUUGCAAAAGUCUGUCAGCCACCCUGGCGGACCCAACCUGAAGACCACGUAGUGCAGGACCUUGCCGCGCCAGGCCGAAAGAUGGGGGGCAGUUCGGGAGAGAGACUUGGGGCUGACGGGAAGUGAAUUGGAUACGUGUGUUGAAUUGCAUUGCGGAUUAGUUGGAAAGUGUUAAGAGACCCGCAAGUAUUCUUACGGAUGAUUGAGGGAUUGCGAAAGAAUAUGCCAAGACGCACACACACAUCAGACCUACCAAAUCCUCCUGCACAUACAGAUAAUGCAUUGUGAUGCAAGGGAGAGAAGAGGAUGAAGGUGAAACGCCAGAGUGUAAUGUUAAGUGGACAAAGAAUUGUUAUUAUGGUUAACAAAGGCAUAUUUUACCAUCCAGCCCCACACAUUUUACUCUGGAGUGAAGUGAUUCAAUUGACCCGCGUUUAGAGGUUUGCUGUAUCGACCUUUAUACUCCCCAGAAAAGUGUACGCUUACGAGCAUGUCGGCAAGUCCAGGCCGGUUUGGAGACAGGUGGGCGUUGGUGGAUAAACAAGCCUAGUGUCCUCAUUCCCCCUCCGCUGCAAUGCCAUGGAAAUGCAAUAAUUACAACAGCGUAAAAUAACCCGUUUUAAAACACAAAAAGUGGCCUUCAUUCAAUUAAAAACGUGUGUACAGAUUUUUUAAAUUGGGUUAUGAGGGUUAUGAUUCCAUUUGUUUUGUUUGCUUGCUCGGUUGGUUUGUUUUCAUCCUCUGUACCCUUCGAGUCGGCCUUGGGUAGCAUAAUCUUAGGGAGUUUUGUUUUUCAGACGUUCAGAGGCCUUAAGCUGCCCCCUGGGUUUGUGCUGAGAAGCUGCUACAGCCUCCCAGCAUGCUUUGCCAUUCAUGUUUAAUAUCCUCCAUCUCCUCUCACCGUAAGGUGACCUGUAAUCGUGUAAUACAGUUGAGAUCGAGAUGAGAUCUGUUCCUUUGGUGGUGGAGUCUGUUCCAACUCAAAAUGGCCCCCUUUGCAAUAAAAUGGUCAUUACUACUAAAAUUGGCUCCACCCAGAGGACAUUGUCAUCAUCACUCGGGGGUGGCACACGUAAACAAAUACUGCCUUGUAGUCCCACCAAGCUUUAAAUUUGUUCUCUAUGGCUAAAGUUUCAGCUUGCCGUAAUCAUGGCAGCAUUAGGGGUCUUUUAUAUUAGUUUGAUGCGACAUUCAAAUGUGAGAAGGUUGUGUUCUGUAUGGACCUGUAUUUACUCAUCAGUUUUUGAUGUUGAAACACUGUGAUUAUUAUAAAUGUUGUUGGACAACAUUAGUUUAAGGUCGUCAAAAACGUGAGGGUUAUGGAUAUUAGCGUUCAUGAGAUGUAAGGCUAGCUAUUUCAUUAUUCACAACUUAUUGGAGACACUUUAACCUUUUUAUGUUUUCCCCUUUGUAUUUUUGUGUAUUAGAAAAAAAAUGUGAAUGUAAAAUGGUUUCAAUUGAUGUACUUGAAGAAACUGAUCUUUCCCUUUUCCCCCACGUCCGGUGAGUUUUCUAAAGAUUAUAGUGCCUUGCUUUUUUACUUUGCUUUGCUUUGGGGUUUGACAUACAUGUAUAUGGCUGCAGAGUAGCGUGCUGGUGUUUGGACCUCACAGAGGGUGAAUGUUAGUAUAUUACAGGAUGAGAUUUUGGCUCUGCUAUGACUUAAACCAUUUGAUGGCACAAACCCGAAAAACUUGAAAAAAGAAAAAUCGGGCAUCUUUUUAAAGGCUGUGAAAGUGCUCAAAGGAGUUUUAGAUACUAGAACAUCAAUCUAUCUUAGUAUGCAAGGAAGCAUAAGUGUGCCUAUCACUUGCGCACAUUUAUAUUAAUAUGUCAUGUAAGCAUUGUGUUGUUUCCAGUUUGUCUUAUAUGAUCAGUUUUGUAGGUGAGAAGUAUCGAAAUGGAGAAAGAAAGUUGGUAUACAUGAGACAGUAUGUUGUAAGCAGUUAAAUAAAUGUAUCCCGGAUAUGUAACAUGCUUAAGGCUUUGACACCAUCCAGUGUCAGACCCUCUCCGGUAUGUUAUGAGAGGCACUGGUUAACUAGUUGAGGAUGUAAAGGAUGCACGGAUCAGUAGUAAGGCUAAAAAGGUGAAGAAAGUUAACAACCCACACCAACACAACAAUGCUGCCAAUUCAAUGCUUGCCGUUUAUCUAUCGCGUAGACGUUUUCAUCUCACGGGAUUCUCUUUUGUAGCAGCCAUGCAACUGUAGGUCAAGUGCCGGCCGAAUCACUUUUGUAAAUGCUUUAGUUAAGUGCAUAGAUUGUCAACUAUGUUUUAAGAUUUGGCUUUCAUGAGUAACAAAUGUAUAGAUCCUUAGAGUAUUUGCCUGGUUAAGACUGUAAUGGGUACAAACUGUAGUGCAGUUGAAAUUAGUGGAGAGACACUUAUCACCUUAACUACUGACUAAAAGGACUUUAGGUUGCGUACUGCUUAGUGUACUGUCCGAGUGAAACGUCUGGUACAGAAAAACUUCACUAAUCGCCUGUACAGUAUAGAUUCUCAAAUGUGUUCACCAGCCGCCAGUGGCUCACUUGUACCUCUUUAUAUUUAAAUAACUCUUGUUUCUCUUUUGCUUUGUAUACAACGCUUUACUUGUAGACAGCUCGUGUUUCUUUUUUACCCAGAAUUGGUUCAUUUAAACUGUGAACAAGCCGUAAGGUCUUUGACAAAGAGGUCCCACCUGCUCAGUGUUCAAACUAAUGAAAUCUGUCGAAAACUACCUUGUGAGUGCCAUGUCCUCAUUCCAGAUAAAACUCAAGUGUUAAUUUGCUCUCCCGUACAGUAGAGGGCGCUAAUGUAACUGCAGUGCAGAACGUACAACGUUAAACAAGAUUCACUAACGUGACACCAUGUUCCCGGUUUACCAAAAUGCUUUAGGAAAUAAUAAAGUCAUUUUUAUUUACCCUCCACCUUCUUUUCAAAAAAAUGCUUUUGUAGCGGGCUGAUGUGCAAGCAAUCCAUUCAAUAGAUUGUAAACAGUUUUGUCUUACAGUAAUCUCUUUGCAUGAUACUUUGAUGCAGAAAAUGCACACAAACCCACUGCAAAAUGUGUUUAAUCAAACAAAACGUUUUGGUUUUCUUUCUAGUCGCUGUCCUGUGGAAUGAAAUACAACAGAACAAUGUUUACUUAAUGCUACUUGUCCUGUCAUUAAGUUCUUUUGUUUUGUGCUAAUAUAAGGUCUGCCUGUUUUGCUUUUAGAUUUCAACUAGCAACUUGAGUGUUUUUCUGAAUGAUACAUUGUACAAAAUGUUAAAACCAAACAUAAACACGUAGGGAAUCAUUGGCAAGUUUAACUGUAUGUUUUGCACUAAGUAUAGGAUGUUCAAGCUUCAUAUAAAACUGCGCUUUGCGCUCCAAUUACAGCAUUUGUUACCUUUAUUUGUAAACUUAAUAAAGAACAUUUAAAUAAAGAAA